AUGAGUCACCACCACCCAGACGCUCAGCACAGCGAGCCUGGCUUUGCGAAACAGGGAAAAAGAGGCAUGGAGUCGGAUGGUGCUGCUACGCACAAGAGACAUAGGGAGGGACACGUGAGUGGCGCUUCGUUCGUUGGUAGGGAUGCACGUUACAGGCUGUGUGAGCUCCCUGGAGAGCUGCGUACUUGGCCCACUGGUCACUUUCAUGAUCGUCGCACUGUCGCUGGGACAGAUUGUGGCAUGCAACUACGUGCGCUGUCGUUAUCGCAGUAGCACGUGGGCAGGGUUGCUGGUUCUAUCUAGCGUCUCACGGCCAGCUUUGACAACCACGACAGAGCCCGCUGAAAUCGCAACCGUCUAUUCGCAGGACUUACAGCACGACACGCCAGGCAAUGAGUCUGCUCCGCUUUUGACGUCUGCCCUGACGAAUGACCCGUUGGAGGGAGGGAUGCCCGCAAAUACUUCGUCCACAUCCAUCCCACCUGCCGCAAAGAUGGGCAGAAAAUAUUUACUGCAUAGCAUGCCCAAGCGCGGCAUUGAACGGUGAGAUUGGGUCCGCAGAGUGGAUCCCAUGCGCCACUAACCUUAUGCCAACGCGUUUCCUUUCGCUGUACGACGCAAUCUAGCGUCUUUCUGGGCUCCCACGAGAUCAAGACGUGGUACCCGAGCCCAUAUCCGCUCGACGAUGAGAGCGUCGACUCGCCGACCUCCGCUCAUGCGUCGGCGUCGGCGUCGGCGUCGACCUAUGGCGCUGGCGAUUCCUCCGUGCUGCACAAGCGAGGUAUCAACAUCCGACGUAAGCGAAAUCCAGAGCAUCCAGGUCAGGUCACGGACGAUGGUCCCAGAAAUACUUCAGGCAAGCCUCAGCCGACUCGUGAGGGCAAGGGCUCGGAUAGUAGCACCGACAGCAGCGCUCGACCCACUCCCAUUCCUCCGUCCGAGCCCGCUGCUGCCGCAGUGGAUGUCCGCGCCGAGCACGGUUCCAGCACUGUGUCGCAGCACAUGACGAGCGCAUCCGCAGGCAGUGCAGAGCUGACCAGCGUGGCUAGACCCCCAGCCAGCGUGCCUCAUCUGCCAGGUGCGCUCUCCGGUCUUCCUGCGUCAAACGGAACGUCCAGCUCGUCUUUGGCCGCCUCGGCAGCUCCGGCGACGCCUUUGAGCUCCACCUUGACAUCAAGCAGCAUCGAUGCCCAGUCAGCACGUCUUGGCGUCACUUCGACGGACGACAUUCAACAGCAAGCCGUGCAGGCCCAUCCUACGCUCAGCACAGGACGCUCUUUGUGGGUGUGCGACGGAUGUUUUAAGUAUGCCCGAACGCACACUGGCUAUCGGGUACACAAGGUGGGUAAGCCUGCCGGGUCGAUCGAUGUGCUAAACCAGAGGCUCUGCUCACGUGGCGUAGACUGACCUAUUCCUUUCGCUGCGCGAUCGAUCCUAUGUAGAAAGAGUGCACGCAUACACAUCCACCCGGACGCAAAGUGUAUCAACGAGGAGCUCACAUUAUCUGGGAAGUCGACGGUGCAGUGCAAAAGGUGAGGAGUUGUGAGAGCUGAUGAUAUUCGGGCGUGCGGCGAUAGACUGACUUUCUUGUCUGUGCGCUCUACACCUAGCUCUACGCCCAGAAUCUGUCAUUGCUGGGCAAACUCUUUAUCGAUCACAAAGCCAUCUGCUUCGACGUCGAGAACUUCCUCUUUUACGUCCUCACAGAUGCCAGCGCGCAAUUUGAUCAUCCUAUUGGAUUCUUCUCAAAGGUGAGUCAAGUGCACCAAUCUCAAUGCAAGCAGCAUCGCGUCCCGUCCAACUGAUGUAGCAUCGACUUUUGGUAUCUACUGCUCUUAGGAGAAGCUCUCUUAUGACGACUACAAUCUUGCGUGCAUCAUCACCUUCCCACCCUUCCAAAAGCGAAGCUUUGGAACAUUGAUGAUCGAGUUCAGUGAGUGUUAUUGUCAUUGCUACCUGGCCUCUCGGCCCAGCUGACAGGGCUCUUGUCACUUCGCAGGUUACUAUCUCUCUGCACACGAUGCAGUGGCAGGUACUCCGGAGCGACCGUUGUCGUCACUAGGAUUCAGAGGCUACUUGGCUUUCUGGUGCUCUGUCGUCUUGCGCGCCUUGGCCCUCGCAUUCGAUGAUACCACUACAGACAUUUCAUCUCGGCUCUUGGCGCCUCCUCCCAGUGCUAGCUCGCCUCAAAAGGUGGGCUCAGGACCUUCUCGGGCUUAUUCGGCUGCUCUGAGGGCCAGACAGGUCCGAGAGUGCUCUCGCAUCCGCAGAGCCUUACUUGGUCUACCCGAACCCAAGUCCUACGCGGGAAAUGCUUUGAUAAGCACUGGCGAUGCCGAAGAGGAUGAAAUGCAAAGAAAAUGGCUUUUGAGGAUUAGCAAAGGCUUUGGAGCCGCCCCCAAAGCGCUGCCUGUGUUGAAUGCAGGAAGCCAGAAACGAGGUUCAGGUCGAAGAUCUAGCGCUCGAAGCGCCUCUGCUUCAAUGACCGUUCCUCCUCGUGGUGCCAAUUCACCAGAGCCCAUUCGGUCUUUCGGCGGAAUCAAGACAGAGGAAGACACGAGUGAGACUGCAACCUCGCCUCACCUGGACGAGCCUACUCCAUCUACACGGGGCUCCCGCUCUCGUGCUGCGAAGCAGUAUCAGGCCGAGUCGAUGGAAGAAGACGAGCGCAUCGAGGCGGUCAUAGCGGCACAUCCAGCACUGCAGAUCCGAGCUGACGUGGAGGGAACCGGCAGCGGAGACGUCGCGCUCGUCACCACUCUCGAAAGGCUCGCUUCUGCGACUCGUCUCAGAGUCGACGACGUCUCAUUUGCUCUGGCAGAAUGUGGACUGCUAAGGUUCAGAGUAGCGACGUCCGAAGUUGUCGCUCUGAAGCCCUUUGGUAUCGAUGCAGAGCACCCUACUGAACCGCAAAUCAGGACCGCAAGCGUCAAGCUAGAACACAACAAUGGUGCGGAGGGCAACGACACAGCUCAGCCGUCCCAUUCCAUUCCCUUUGAUGCGGCGGCAAUUGCACGGCUCGACGCGCAUGACUCAACGAGCGAUCAGAAGUCGGAUCGAGCUAGCCUGAACGCUCAAAAGUUGGGGCAGCCGACCCCGCUGUUGGAGCCAGCGCUCCUCUUGACUAGACAGAUGGUGCGCGAAGCGAUCAAAGCUCGCAACGUCAAGCGGCCGGUACUGGAUGAGAUCUAUGUACUUGUUUGA